AUGGCCCCCUUCCAAGGUUCCGUCUCGGUCACCCACAUUACCACCGCCACGGCGAUCAUCAAUAUCGAGCGCAUCCGCUUCCUCCGACCCAAAUGGGGCUUCAACGGCCACCCUUCAACCUCAACGCUCCGCAGCUUCGAGGGACCCGCACUCCAGCUUCACGAUAUCCCGCCCAUCGACGCUGUCCUCCUCAACCACGAAGACCACGCCGAUAACCUUGACCCCCUGGGCCGCCAGCUCCUCGACAGCCGCCGCGUCUAUACCACUCCUGAUGGUGCCAAGAACCUGUCUCCUCGGCCCGGCGUCGUCGGCCUCCAGCCCUGGCAGACGGUUGAGACGUUCAUCAGCGGCAAGCACUUCCGCAUCACUGGCACGCCAUGCAAGCAUUUCCCUGGCGGGGAAGUUACCGGGUUCAUUGUUGAGUGUGAUUCGUUCGGUGUCAGUGAUGAUGGGUUGCCGAACGUGGUGUACUUCUCUCGAGACAAGCAAGAUUUCUUGAUAUCCCAACAACAAUAA